AUGGGGAAGGGGGCAGUGAAUAAAAUAAAUUCCCGAGAGAAAGAUGAAAAGGCUGUUGAAAGUUGGCGCCAAGAAAAAAUUAAGGAAGCUAAGCAAUUGACCCGUGGAAAGACCAUAAAUUCUACCAUCCUGAUUGAGGAAGCUGGUAUAAUCUGUUUUCUCAGUGUUCAUCUUUUGAAGGGUCUGCUUUUGCAGCAUUUUAAGAUUGUUGUCCCUGUGGGAGAUAAGAUUUGCUAG